AUGUUCAGAAAAAAAAGUGAUUCGUUAGCUGAAUGUUGUAAAACAAGAGAAUUAAGUAUUAAUACUCUUAGAAUGAAUAAAAGGGCUUCAUUACUCAAAAGAAAAAGAGUUGUAGAAGAUGAGUGUAUUAUUACUGAUAGAAAUAUUGGUGAAUUAGGAUUAAAUUAUAGUGGAGAUAAUGGGAAUGAUGAAAUAACAAUAAUCCAACAGAUAAUUCAAUGUUUUCAAAAUGAACACAUUAAACAACAAUUAAAUAUUAAUAAAAUUAUUCAAGAUUCAAUAAAUCUUAUUAAAGAAAAUAAUGUCAAUUCUAUAAAAUGUCAAAUUAUUCAAAUGUAUUAUCAUUUUUCUCAAGAUAAAAACACUAUAGAAAUUAUGAAAAAAUUUGGAAUUCAUUUUCUUAUUAUUGAAUUUCUUCCUAAUCAGAAUGAAGAUACUUAUAAUACUUCAUUGAAUUGUUUAUCUAAUAUGAUUAAUGAUGAUAUCCAAUUAAGAGAUGAAGUUAUUCGUACUAAAUUAAUUGAAAUAAUUUUAGCAAAAGAUAUAAUUAAUAAUAGUGUUGGAUAUUUAAUUGAAACACUUCUCAAAGGAAGACCAUUUAUUUCAAUUAAUAAAGUAUGUCAACUUAUUCCAUUAAUUAAAAAAUUUAAAGUAGUUGAUGAAGGGAUUAUUUGUACUAGAUUACUUUUAAGUAUGUCAAAUGAAACGAUUGAUAAAAAGAUUAUUUCUAAUCUUCAAAUUAUUAUUAGUCAAGCAACAACUUCAUUAGUUUGUUUUCAAUGUAUAGGGACUAUUUUUGCAACAGAACAUCCAUUUUUAAUUUCUUUAUUUAUUAAACCAACAAUAGAAAUACUUUUUUAUUAUGCUACAAUGAUUUGUGAUUCAUUAAAAAUAAAAACAUCAAAAUCAAAUAUACAUUUAAAUUUAUUAGUAGAUGAAACAUUAAUUAGAACAUAUUUAUGGAUAGUAGAAAAUUUAUUUGUUACUGUUUGUGAAUUAGAUAAAAAAGAAGCAUAUUCUUUUCUUUUAAUAUUAAUUCCAAGUAAAAUUAUUUCAUCAAUAAUUUUAUGUAUUUUUAAUCAAUCAAUUAAUAUUUGUAAAGAAGCAUUUUCAACAAUAUAUUUAAUUAUAACAAUUAUUUCAAAUAUUCCACAAUUUAUUAUUACAUUAAUUAAUACUGAUAAUUUUUUUGAUAUAUUUGAAAUAUUAUUUAUUCAAUUAGAAGAAUCAAAUGAAAUUUAUCAUCUUUUAGAAAUAAUUCUUAUUUUAGUUUCUUCUCAAAAUAUUCAAAUUAUUUCAAAAUUAAAUGAAAGAAAUAUUUUUGAACAAGUAGAUUCAUUUAUUACAUCAAAUAAUACUGAAAUUGUUAAUUUAGCAGAAGAUAUUCUUAGAAUUGAACAUCUUUAUAAUUUUAAUUCAGAUGAAUUUGAAUUAUAA